GCUACGAUUAACGAAAUUCAAUAAAUAUUUCUAUAUAAAAUGCGUUUCGGCGGAAGCCUGCAUGUCGCCGAUUAUUAGAAAUGCUUCAGUCUCACGCGGAUACCAGAGCUAAGCAGAUAGCUGUCUGGAAAAGCUUGGUGCUCGAGUACUGUCGCAUCACGAAGAAGGCGAUCGUGAACGUGCACGAGUGCACACGAAUCCUCUAUUUAAUAACGCCAGCAAAAACAGUGCAACCUGUGAAAUCACAACAUUCUAAACAUUACAUAUCUUUUGCACUGAAGGAGACUUCGAUAUAACGAGACCAUGUGGGCAAGACUCGCAGAAGCCAUGGGAUUAGAAUACAAGGAGGAAAAAAUUCCUAACGCGUAUAACAUGUGGUUCUAUGCGACCAUGUGUCACGUAUGCAAAGGAUUCGGGGACGGUGUCCUUUUAAAGAAGUGCGGUGGCUGCAGAAUGAUCUCCUAUUGUGGUCAGGAACAUCAGAAGGAGCACUGGAAGCUUCAUAAACCUUUGUGCAAAGCUAUUCAGGACGUGUUGCGAGACUACAGUAUGGAUAAUCCCAUUAUAACUGUAUCAUCUUCGGGUGAAACUCUGGAGAACGAAAGAAAGAAGAGUUACUUUAUGUUGUUAAUAUCGAACAAGCUGGGACGUCCAUUGAAGUUCGAAGAGGGGCAAAUGUUCUGUUUUCCAAGAGAAUGUCUGAUUUGCCACGAACGGAACGCUCAGUCGUUGAAGGAUUGUCGCAAGUGUGUUGCCAGCUUUUGUAAAAAUCACGUAAACGGCACCGAACAUAAGAACAUCUGCGCUCCCCUGGAACUACGUUUUCGUUCAGAUUUAUCAGCUAUAAGAGGAGAAACCGGUCCUCCAGAUAUGCGUUGUUACUUGCGACACGUUACCGACAAGGGUAAAUUUCAGAACAUGAAAGACUUUAUAAAUGCUUAUUGGAAUAUUUCGUCUGACUCGGAGAUAUCGCGCAAUAUCUUGAUAGGCCAACACUCGCUACAUCUGACACGUCCCUUGACGUUAUUUCAUGCUAUGCGAUUAUUGAACUAUGUCCCAAAAAGCAAAGCUAUAGUCAUUCAUGUCGUAGGUGCGUGUUACUCGGAAGAAUUCUGCUUGAUGGGGUGGGAAGUUUUGCCGCGUUUAAUAGGGACCGCGAUGCCAGUGACGAUUAUAAUGAUCGGGCCGGAAUUACAGCUUCAAAUCAAUCCGGAAUACGUUUGCAAUAACCGUAUGUUGCCGGAGAACAAACAUUUGACAUUUGAUUUUUACGAUAUGUUAUACGAGAACUAUGUACGCAGCCCGACAUUCGUAAAACCGAACUUGGUUGUUGGAUUUGAUCUGGGUAUUCAGGAGCAUGAACUUGGGUCCAGUAAGGAAACGUGGGCGCCGUCCAUCAAGCUGAUAGCGAAACAAAACUGUCCGUUUAUCUUAACUUGUCGUUUCAGAUUAGAGAACUUUAAGAAGGAGUUAGACAGAAUAAACGCAAUCCUAGGUAGAAAGGUAAACUAUCUGUAUAGUGGAGAAAAUCCAUUCGCUAGUUUGAGUCCGUUUAGAAACGUCGCGCCGGAGUAUGUACUUUAUAUGAAUCAGUAUAUAGUUAUUUACAGGAGUCUUUGUUUGUAAGUGAUGUAAUUUAAACGUAAUUUUAAGCGACCGAUACAAAUUAAAGGCUGUGUUUGAUACCGAAGGAAACGUGUCGCGUACGAAAUGAAAGAGUACACUAGUUAAAUGGAAUUUUAACGUUUAAAAAUGCAAUGGAUGGGAAGCAGAGAAAACUAUGAACUACAACCACGAAUCGCGAUGUGUCUUCACGAAACAAACUCAAAAAGACUGAUCCGAUACUGCGAAAUGUCUGCUUAUAUUUAUAUGCCCAAAAAUCAUAGGGUCUGUUUUUUUUUUAUUUAUAUAGUCGAUUGUGUUACAUAUCAGUCGAACGUAAUGGAUAAUUCUUUUUAAUCCGAUAUUCUGGAAUGUAUGCUUGUAUUUGUAAUCCCAAAAAUCUUUGGGACUUUUUUUUAUUUAUAUUAGAGUCGAUUAUAUCAGUCGAGCGUAAUGGAUUUUUGUUUAACUUAAAAUGUCAAUCUAAUGAUACCGUUUAUUUUUAUUUUGUUUAAUGAAUACAAGACUUUUUGUUAAUCAUUUGUAACGAAGACACGACUUUUCGUUAAUAAAAUAUAUAUGAAGAAUCU